AGAAAAGAGUAUUUGCUGAUUCUUCUCCUUCCUCCGCUUCGCUCGUUCCACGCGCCGGAGGGAGCGGAGGAGGGAUCAGAGACCAAACCCUAACCCUAACUCUAGCGAGGCCCUGGAGUCGCGGCGAUGGCCUCGCCCGCGGUGGAUUCCGAUGUGGCGCGCCCCAUCUCCCCUUAUCCCCUCUCCGUCGAGGAUCUCCCCGCCUCCACCUCCGAUCGCUCCCAAACCCUCCGAUCCAUGGGCGACCUCCUCCGCAGCAUCCAUGGCGCCGGCGGCGGCGGCGUAAGAGGAGGGGAUCAGGAUGAGGACGAGGCGUAUGGGGAAAUGACGCUGGAGGAUUUCCUGGCGAGGGCCGGGGCGGUGAAGAAGGAGGAGGAGGACGACGCUAGGGUUUUGCCGGAGAACCCAGUGCUAGGGUUUGGGGGCGAGGAGAGGAGGAGGCGGGGGCGGAGGAGGAAGCGGCCGGUGCUCGAUCCGAUCGACAACGCCGCAGUGCGGCGGCAGAGGCGGAUGAUCAAGAACAGGGAAUCGGCCGCUAGAUCGAGGGAGAGGAAGCAGGCUUAUACUUUGGAGCUUGAAUCCUUGGUGGCGCAGCUAGAAGAGGAAAAUGCUAGGCUUCUGAAGGAAAAGGAGGAUUUCAAGAGACUUAGGCUCAAGGAGAUCAAGGAGAACAUAAUCCCGCUUACCGAGAAGAAAACACCGGCGCGGCCAUCGCCUCUAAGGAGAACUCAAUCCUCAAAGUGGUAGGGUUAGUGCUGCGAAUUGCGGCAUCCAUUCGAACGUCUUCGUGUAGAAGCAGACCUUUCGAGUUUUCGGGAAGAAAACAGCAUAUGUUAUGGUGAACAUAGAGGAGAUGAUUUUUUUUUUUGCCCUUUUCCUUUGUGUGCAGAGAAGAUAAUAGGAGGGUGACCAACAUAUUUAUUUAGAGAAAAUAUCUUCUUCUUCUUUU